UUAUUCGGAUACGCCCGUCGCCGCGUCAUGCUUCUGUGAGUUUGAAUGCGUACUUUUCAAGCAUUCGAGCACGGGACUACGGUUAUACCAUUAGAGACGACCGAUGUCUUCGCAUGAAGGUGACAUUUUAAGUUCGGGUAUUCUCAAGAGGUGACAUUACGAUUUUAAAAAGAACAGUGAACAGCGAACAGCACCAACAGGAGUCGUCGUCUCGUGAACAAAAUUCAGUAGCACGAAUGGAUUCACACAAGUUUGGACAAUGGGAUUACACAGUGUUUGGUGUCAUGGUGGCCGUCUCGGUGAGUAUUGGCAUAUACCACGCCAUAGUCGGCAGGCAUGGUAAACUGGAGGAGUACCUUUUGGCUGGACGCUCAAUGACCUUCUUCCCAGUCGCGUUGUCGUUGAUUGCGACGUUCACGUCGACCAUUACCAUGCUUGGAGUAUCAGCAGAGGCGUACAGUCACGGCAUCAUGUGGAUUUUCAGUGAGAUUGCGUUCUCCGUGGGACAGCUCCUGGAAAUGUUCCUCCUGUUGACCCUUUUAAAGAGACUCAAUAUCUCAAGCCCAUUUGAGUAUCUCGAGGGUCGCUUCAAAUCCAAAGCUCUCCGCCUGAUCGCGACGGUAGCAUCUUGUGUACAGAAUAUUUUCUACCUGUGCAUCGUUCUUUUAGGACAAGGCCUCGCGCUGCGUGCUGUGACAGGCAUCUCUACGACUCAUUCAAUAUUAGUGACGUCAGUGGCAGCUGUUCUCUACACUGCUAUAGGUGGUCUGAAAGCUGUGAUAUGGACAGAUGUCAUCCAGUAUGUACUUAUGAUUAUUGGAGUGCUAACAGUCACAAUAAAGGGAACAAUCGACACUGGAGGCAUACAGAAGGUCUGUGAUGCUGCUGCAGACAGUGGCAGAUUAACCUUCAUAUAUGACUUUGACCCGACUAUUCGCCAUACCGUAUGGAACGUAGGCGUGGCUAGAGUCUUUGCUGGGCUUGGGUGGCUCAUGAAACCUGCAUUUCUGCAACGUAUUGCGUCAACAAAGUCACCCGAGCAUGCCAGAAGGGCGAUGCUGCUUUGGCUUAUGUGCUCUGUGGCGUUUGGAUCUCUGACAGUCUGCAGUGGACUUGUGGCAUAUAGUUACUAUGACUACAAAAGAUGUGAUCCCGUUGCAUCAAAUCAAAUCGACAGCUCUGAUCAGGUGUUGCCCUUCAUGAUAAUCGACAUUUUCCGGAACCUGCCGGGAAUGCCGGGAUUGUUUCUUGCAGCAGUCUUCGGUGCAUCUCUCAGCUCGAUAUCGUCAGGACUGUCAGCUCUAGCAAACAUAACAUGGGAGGAUUUUGUAAAGCCCAAUUUUGCUCCUAUGUCGGAGUUUAGACAAAUUGCUGUCGCCAAAGUAGCAGUGGUGGCGUGGGGAGUUCUGGUUUGUUGUCUGGCGAUUUUUGUGUCCUCCAUUAGAUCCAUCACCAUACUCCAGAUCUAUUUCAGUGCUUCUUCCAUCAUAUCUGGGCCAACAAGUAGCCUGUUUUACCUCGGUGCCCUCUUCCCAUUCGUAAAUACAAGAAGUGCCAUUGCUGCACUAUUGGUUGGACUCAGCUUUCUGACGUGGCUGGUGGUCGGUGCCAGUGUUUCUCCGGGGGUGAGGCAGACGCCCCCUCUCCCCCACGCCCCUACAGAUCACUGUCCGAGUUUUAACAUCUCUCAACCAUACACCAUGACGACACUGAAUUCAACUAAUGACAAUCAAAAGAUAUUCACUGGGUCAGGUCUCGACUACUUCUACAGCCUCUCCUACACUCUUUACCAGUGUUUUGGGUUCCUCAUCGUGCAGGUGGUUGGGGUUGCUCUCAGUCUGGCAACAGGUUGUAACGAGGCCGGUGUUAACCCCCUUUACGUGAGAAAGUAUUUCUGGAGAAGUGAACCUGAAGAAGAACAUAUGAUGAGGUUUGUCCGCCCACCAGACAGCAAUACAGAAGAACCAAGCGGCCUACUAGAUGGGCAACAGGCAGAAUCAUCAGCCAGGUCCUGAACGCUCUACCAUACACAUAUACACCCGAACAGGAGGGUUUGAUCAAUGGCUGACAUCUUUUCCAUACAUAUUCAGAACUAAUAAAACCAUACAUUAUAGAUUAAGCUAUUAUUGGUCUCAAUAUCCAAGCUGAUCAUUCAGUUAACACCUAUUUUCUAUUUGUAAAAAGUUAAACUAUUUCAUACGUGCAGUUUAUAUUAUGGAUUUGAUGCUUAACACAAUGGUUGUGCACCUCACUUCAUUGCAAAUGCCUAUUACAACAUAUAUGUCUGUAUUUGUAUUGGGUUAAAGGUGCAGUCAGCAGAUCCACAGUAGUGUAUUUGACUUGAUAGACCAUUGUAUACCAAUUGAGAAUAUUUACGACAGGUGAUAUAAAAUGCAAGGGGUAUAUAUUUAUGUGCAGUAUAUACAUACGAGCAUGAGGUGAAGUGCACAUAUAGGGUGUUAAGCAAAUGUUGGUCAAACAUUAUAUUAACAUUGUUACACCAGCCCCUUUUAUGGCGUGUCUCCUGUUUCCUGGUAUGGGUUCUGUCAAUGAAUUUGUUACAACAAAACACUGAUCAGACGAACGACCAAACAUUAUGCCGUUGAAUAACAUAACAUUUACAUCACUUGAUAUCAAGCACAGUUUUUUCCGUUAGUAUAUAUCAUACGCACAAGAUAAAUUAUGUUGUGUGUAUUUGAAUGACUUUAUACGAACAAGAUAUCAUAUCCGCACUCAAUACCGUUUAGUGAAAUCAAGAAAAUAGAUUGUGUGCUAAUUUUAAUAACAUGUGCGCACUGACAAAUAUGUGUAUCCUUUUAGUAGGAUUUUUGUGCGCAUGUGUAGUAGUUUGUCGACAGAACAUGUAUAUGUACACUAUUAAGUCAUUGGUGGGCUGCCUUUGUUGAUACAGUGGUAGUUUACAUGGAAUAUGUAGCAGUACACGAGAGGCAACAGCCAACAUUACGUGGACACCCCUAAUUAACGAAAGUUAAGCAAGCAUUGCAAUGUUUAGUUAUCCACCGCAUGUCACUAGUAGGACAUUGCAAAAUAUAUGGAGUCACAGUCGGAUAUAGAAUUGUGUGAUUUAGAAUCUUUGAUGUCCCUAAAUAGAUCACAGGAAUUAUUUUUUUUCGUAACGUUUAAAGGUAUUCAUAACAAUUGAGGGGUGUCGUCUUACAAUAUCCGCAUACUUGACACAGCUCGUAAAGUGUAUAUGUUACACGCAAUCUGUGCAUCUGCCCAAAAUGCGUGCAGUGGGCAAUACAGCCCGAAUGGACGCAAUUUGCAAACAAUUAUCUGCAAUGGGCAAUAGUUGUGAAUAAAAAAUAAUUCUCUUAAUAUUUCACAACAUGGGCACCCAGCUUGCUCAUUUUACGCAAUAGGCAGGUAAUUGUUUUGCCCAAAGCACACAAUUGAAAUUGGUAUUGUUUUACAUGUUUUGUUUUUAAUAAAGUAAACUCUGUUACUAAGUGAC